AUGUCGGGUCCCUAUUACAACCAGGGUUAUCCUCAGUACGACGGCUCACUUGCUCAACCCUACCAGUCCUACAAUACUCCUCCUCCGGGUGGUGCCUACAAUAGGGCUCCGCAACAGCAACAGCCUUACCCCGCAUCGUCUCAGCAGGGCUAUGCACGUCCUCCCCCCCCGCCGCCUCAGGGUCAAGGUCAGCCCUACGGAUCGUCACAAUCACCUUAUCCUGGACAACCGCCUCAGUCUCCGUACCCCACUCAACAAUCACCCUACCCUGGACAGCAGCCACCCCAGUCCCAGUACCCCGGACAGCAGCAGCCCUAUGGCCAGGCACCCUACCCAAACCAGGGCGCUCCGUACCCCGGUGGACAAGGUCGUCCUGGACCUUCGCCAGGACCUCCUGGGGGCCAGUAUGGUGCUCCAGGUGGCCCUCCACCCCAGGCUGCUCCCGCCACUCCUCAGCAACUCAAUGCCUAUCGCCAGCUGUUGAUUAGCACCAUCCAAGAGAAAAGUCUUGAGAGCUUCUACCCGCCAGAGAGACUCAACCAACUCGUCCAAACUCUCGCCAAUGAUGCACCUGGCAAGCUGGCCAAGUUGACUAAUGAAUGGUCUGUCCCUAUGGAGGUGGCCACUGAUGUUAUGAAGCUCGCUCUGUUCGACGUGAUUCUCUAUGUCGACGACAGUGGAUCCAUUGAGUUCGAGGAGAAGGGACUUCGUAAGGACCAGCUGAGACAAAUCUUGGGCAUUGUGGCCACCGCUGCUUCGACUUUCGACCAGGAUGGAAUUUCGGUACGAUUCAUGAACAACCAAGAGCGCGGUGAUGGCAUUCGCAGUGCUAUGGAUGUUGAGAAUCUGGUCUCGCGUGUGCGUUUCGCAGGACUGACCCCUCUGGGUACUGGCCUGAAGGACAAGGUCGUCGACCCCAUGGUGGUGGGUCCUGCUCGCGCCAACCGCCUCGACAAGCCAGUCCUUAUCAUUACGAUUACGGAUGGACAGCCCGCAGGUGAGCCUCACGGGGCUUUGCGCGACGUAAUCCAACACGCCGUGAACGAGGUGUCGCGAACUCGGUAUGGCCGCGGUGCUGUUUCCUUUCAAUUCACUCAGGUUGGCAAUGACCAGCGUGCGCGUGAAUUCUUGUCUGAAUUGGACGAGGAUCCUCAGAUUGGCCAACUGAUUGACUGCACUUCGAACUUUGAAGUGGAGCAAGAUGAGAUGUCCCGAGCUGUGCCGCCGGUGCAUUUGACUCGCGAACUUUGGUGCGCGAAAAUCAUGCUCGGAGCCAUCGAUUCGUCAUACGACACCAAAGACGAGAAAGCAGCCGGACGAUCCAACGCACCCCCACCCCAGCAAGGUGGCUAUGGUGGAUACGGUCAAGCACCACCUCAGGGACCGCCUGGAGGAUACAAUGCUCCAUCUGGCUACCCUCCGCAGCCCAGCUACCAGCAAGCUCCUCAACAGCCGCCUCAGCCCCCUUACCAACAAGGCAAUAGCCAGGGCAACCCUGCAUAUGGCCAGGGCCAGGGCCAGGCACCCUAUGGAUAUGGUGCUCCCUCGCCGCAACCUGGUGGAUCAGGCUAUCCGCCUUACGGAUCCCAUGGACAGGCGCCACCACGCCGUUAUUGA